GGGCGGGACUUCCUGUCUUCCCUGUUGCGGAGCGGUGAAGCGGCUGAGGGCGCUGGUUUUGAACCGCUCUUGUGCUGUUUGCGCUUUCUCCUAGUAGUUACAGUUGGCGCUGUCUCCGCUUUCCUGUUGCCUGGUGGGCGUCUUGGCCAAAACACUCUCCCUGCCACCUUAUUCCUCUAGGGUUGUGAUUUUUUUCUUUCCUCAGGAAAUAUCACUUGCUGGUAAUUUGUCAAACUCAAGAAAACCCUGAAGAAGCAGUCGUGGGCAGGCGCCGACGCUGCGGCUUCCAGAGCAUUUUGGCAAAUCAAAGCCAGGGACCGUUGCUGGGCCUCAUUUCCGCAACUUUUCGGCUCCGAACUGCUUAAUGGCAGCCGAACUGCGAAUGGUACUUUAUGAAGAUGAUUCAGUACAAGUGCAAUAUGUUGAUGGUUCCACAUUGCAACUUUCUCCCUGUGGCUCUGAAUUUUUAUUUGAAAAGUCACCACCUGUUUCAGCACAUCCUUUAGAACAACCAGAAAGAAUUCGCCAAAGGACACAUUUUGUCAUUAGCACUUACAAAGAGCAACUACAGCGAGCCCUAGAUUUUCGAAACUCUUCAGCUACUUGCCCUUUUUUAUCUGAAACCAUCAUACCUUCUGAAAGAAAAGAGCGUAUCUUCAUUGACAUCACAGAAGUGAGAUGGCCCAGUCUGGAUACAGAUGGUACCAUGAUAUAUAUGGAGAGUGGCAUUGUGAAGAUAACAUCUUUAGAUGGUCAUGCAUACCUCUGCCUGCCCAGAUCUCAGCAUGAAUUUACAGUACAUUUUUUGUGUAAAGUUAGCCAGAAGUCAGACUCAUCUGCAGUGUUGUCAGAAACAAAUAAUAAAGCCCCAAAAGAUAAACUAGUUGAAAAAGCUGGCAAAAUCUGUGUACAUGGAAAUUUAUCAGGACAGAGACUGAAGAAUAAAGAAAAUGAGUUUCAUUGCCAGAUCGUGAAAUCCAAAGAAACUUUAAAGAAGAUGAGUUGUGUAAAUGGAACUGAAGGCAGGGAAGAGCUGCCUUCGUCUGGUACAAAGCACACAUGUGUAUACACAUGGGUCAAGCAGUGCUGGUCUGUGGCUGCCUGUCCAGAGGAAUGGAAAUAUCCUUUGUCUUUAGCACUUCAUUUUCAUAAUAAAAUCAGCAAUAUGUCUAAAAUUGAUGCACAUAUAACUCAGAGUAGAUUUUUAACUUCUGAUAUUUCCGAGGAAAGAGGAGAAGUGGUUUCUGUUCUUCCCAGGGCCCUGUCACUCAGCUGUCCAGUCCCACACCUACACAGGUGGAAUUUUUGUGAUUCACUUUUACAGAGACAAUCUGAUGAAUAUUCCUAUCCUGAACUAGUGAAAAUGGUUUGGUAUAAAGGUGUUACAUAUAGACUCACCCAUCAAAAUAUGAACUCAAUAGAGAUUUAUUCUGGGGAUGGAUCUGUUUUCAAAUCAGAAGGGGCUUAUUUUGGGAACUAUUUUACUUAUUAUUCCAUUCAAGAAGGAUCAGAAGAGAGAGAAGAGAAAACUUACUCAGUAAAUAACCUUCCUCCAGAUAGACCAGGAAGUCCAUUCUCUGUCCGUUCUCUAAUUAAACAGGCAACAAGAAUUCUUCAACAUUGUGUGAAGAUGAGACUUUCUUUAAGCCAUAACUAUCGUAUAUGCUGCUGGAAAAUGGUACGUGGGAUAAAUGAUAGCAAUAUACUGCCUUUGGUUUUGAAAGAGUCACUCAUACCCAACGUGGGAAGAUUUCUUGCCUACUCUGAUGACAAAGUACAUGCUAUCUUUUUAGAUGGCAUUACUCUAACCCUAAAUUGGAAUUUCAGCUCUCCUAUUGAGAAGAGACAGGUAAAUCAAGGUCUUAACUUAGGUUGGUGUAAGUUAACUUUUCCUGAUGGACAAGAUCAGUUAAUUCAAAUUGAACACCCUGAACCAUAUGAAAGAUAUGUGACAGCAGUAACAUCAUGGUGCAGGAGACUGACCCAGACUAGUCCCAGAGAGAUGCCCACUCAUUCGUCAUCUUCUGUUCUCCAAGAAAAUUGGCUGGAGUACAAGGGAAAAGAGUACAAGCUGAUAAGGAGGUGCAUGUGAUCUGUUGUAGUAAAGCCAAUAAAGCAGACAAGUCACACACCGUACUACGAACUGUGAAGAUUUUUCUAGUGACUUGAAUAUUUUAGACUAAUGUCUUCAUUAAUUUUGCAGAGAGCUAGUCAAGUUACAGUUUGUAGUUGUAUGCCAUUGCUCGUAUUUCACUCUAAGUUGAUAAGAAAAAGGAUAAAGAAGAGACAUUUAGGGGUUCUGCUGGAGAUGUAUAUAUUAACCCUCUACUCCAUACCGGUUGUCCCACUAUCUUUCUAUAGAACAUGGUAAGAGCUAAUGUUUAUCAUGUUAACCCUUUGUGCUUAAAAAAACAAUGAAAUAAGUAGGUAGUCUAUUCCAGAAGGAAUUUAAUAAAAAAUAGUUGUUUUGACACGUAAUUCAACUAUUUAAAAACUUGGAUCUCCCAUACCAUCCAUUCCCAAAGAGUUCCAUAUAAAUGAGGUCUUAAUAUAUGCACAAGUACAGAAAAAUAAAAAACCCUUUCUUCUGAGAGAAACUAGGUAGGAAGAGCAGGAAGUUAAAUAGUUCAAGAGAAGAUAUUACAAAUAAGUAUGUGAUUAAUUAAUAUGCUAUAGGAAUUCAAGGAAGGAGAGAGCACUUCUUUCACAGAAGGAAUGGAAUUUUAAUAGGUUUUUAAAGUUUGAGUAAACUUUAGGGAGGAAAGUAGAGUGUAUGCUAGGUUAGUACUAAGAAGUAACAGGAAGGCCCAUUAUCCUCAAACGUCAAUAUUUGAUUACAAAUUCCUUGAAUUGGAUUUACAAGGGGUAGACUUUUAUUCACUUACCUUUAAAGGCACUCAGUAUCAGUUGAGUCAAGUUGAUUUGUUGCUAAAUAAAGGUAACAUAAAGAGAA